AUGCGAGAUGUCGGUGAUCGCAAUGGUCAAUCCAGCCAGCCCGUCACCUUCGCGAGCCCAGAAAUUAAGGCCCUUUCCAGGCUUCGCUCUGACCCGCGCUUUCUUCAGCGCGUGCGUUCCGCCGACGUGGGUCAGGCAUUCCAGCUCAAGCUGGCGUCCGACGACGAUAAGCCCCAGUGGUUCCCAGAGUACGAAGUGCUACGUUUGGUCGAAUUCUUUUCGUGCUGGGUCAUGGAGUGGGAGACCGGCAUGGACGGGCUUGCCAUACAAAAUCCGGAACCAAAGGAUCUCGGCGAUGUGAUUCCUCCUUGGGAUUUUAUCUGGACCGAUAAUUAUCUUUGCGAUCCAUCCGUAGCACCGGUCUCCCAGAUCCCUGCGGAGCCGAAGGUCAACGGCUACGAGAUCACUGACGAGCUGUGCGCCAUGGCUGGUUGCGAUUGCGAAGACGACGUAUGUGAUCCGCGCAAUUGCGCAUGCCUGCGUCGGGCUGCUGACUGCUAUCCGUACCAAGGCGGACAUUAUCAGAGGAUGUUUGCCUCUUCCGACGACACAAAGAAUGCUUCGGACGAUGAAGAUUUAGGGGCGGCACGCCGCGACUUUGUCUACCUCAAGGACGGCAGCAUCGACAAGAACGUCCUCCUCGGCACGCCCAUCUUCGAGUGCAACAAAUCGUGCUCUUGCUCCUCCUCUUGCCGAAAUCGAGUCGUACAGAAGGGCAAAAAGGCUCGUCUCGCCUUCGUCAAGACGAAAGAGAAAGGCUGGGGCAUCAAGGCACUUGAUAUCAUUCCAGAGCGAACCUUCGUGGGCGCCUAUGGCGGCGAGCUUCUCAAUGACACGGAAGCAGAGAGACGCGCCGGAGUCUACGACCAAAAGCUCGGCACCACGUACCUGCAAAAUGUCGACAGUCACAUUAUCAAGGUCCACCUCACCCGUCAGAUCAUCGAGAAGGACCUCGCCGAGAAAGGAGAGCUCAACGACUACCGUGGUAACAAUGCCAACAAGCUCAAGCUGGUAGACCUCGUCACCAAGGCCGCCGAUGCCAUCGAGAUCUACGAAGAUUAUUGGAAUUUCCUCGAGGCUGGGCACCCCGUCAAAGACAAUCUAUAUGAUGCUGAAGUCCGUGUCAGGGACAAAUUGCCCCCUGGUCCAGAGGAUGGACGCAUUUUCGCACGCGCCAAGAACGAUGCGUACCAAUGGGCUCUCGACAAAGCUCGACGCACACGCAAAAAGCACUCUCAAAAGAAUCCCGAAGUCAAGAUGGACGAUCCCUACCAUCCUGAUCGAGAUUUCGACCACCCUGCCUGGAUUUUCCUCAAGCUCGGCACAACGGAGCAGAACGACCUUCGAAGGAUGGCCGUGGAGCGAUCCAACAUGGAGGAUGAGCGCAUGGUGACGGUCGACUCUGCGCUCUGGGGCAACCACACGCGCUUCUUCAACCACUCUUGCGAUCCCAACAUUUGUCACGUCCCGGUCUACACCGAUAACGCCUCGCUUAUGCGACCCCUCUUGGCCUUCUUCACGCUUCGGGAGAUUGCACCGGGCGAAGAGCUCUGCUUCAGCUAUGCCGGUGACAUGGGCUCGAAUGAAGUCGACGUUGCCAUCGCCGCUUCGGCGCCACAGAGCCCUGCCAAAGGUCGUGCGAGGGCCAAGCCAACCAUGAUCCACCCGCCCUCGACCCGACCUGGUGCCGAGACCGAAGCUGCGAUCACGGCGACCGAGGCCGACGGUGCAGCCGCUGCGAUCAAUCCGGCAAAGGAAAGAUUCCUGAACAUCAAAUGCAAGUGCGGCGCUGCGAACUGCACCGGUCGCGUGUUCUAA